AUGAUUCAAAGGGACCAGGAAGGUCGGCGAUCGUCAUCAAGCGGGUCCCCAACCUCAAACGCGGCAUGGAAUCCGAGCCCAUCUCAAUCCUCCACUACCGGGCUUGGCGCAACGCAAUCCCUCUUAAAUGUUCCUCCAGUCCAUUGCUUCCUCAUGGAAUACACCCUUGACACGCACCAUGGCGCUCAAAGUACGCUGUUUGCCGGAUCCCAACGUCCCGCGCCAGUGUCAGCGCUGUACUCGCACGAGAAGAACCUGCGUGUUUGCCCGCACGCUCCGACGACAGCCACGGAAGAAGACUGGCUCACGAGUGGCCCAGUUGGAAAGGGACGUGCGAGACUUGCGCUCGCUGUUACAUGA